UUUCCCUGCUUGUUGUGGCAGGCUCAGGCCGAACCAUGUCGGAGAUCCUGUGUCAGUGGCUCAACCAAGAGUUGAAGGUGUCCCAGACCGUGAGUCCCAAAUCCUUUGCAAAGGCAUUUUCCAGUGGCUAUCUAAUUGGAGAAGUUCUGCACAAGUUUGAACUUCAGGAUGAUUUUUCAGAAUUUUCAAAAAAGAGGGUUUCAAGUGCCCAACUUAAUAACUUUUCUCGCUUGGAGCCAACACUUCACCUUCUGGGGGUGCAGUUUGAUCAGAAUGUGGCUAACGACAUUAUCACAGAAAAGCCUGGGGCAGCAACGAAACUUUUAUAUCAGUUGUACACUGCUCUUCAGAAGAAGAAGAAAUGUGGACUGACUGGAACAGAAAUCCAAACCAUGCAACCCCUGAUAAAUAUGAGACUUCAAAACAUGAAAAGUGAGGCAUUUCAAGAUAGACUUAGAAAUCUGAUACCACGUCAAUCUGAUUUCAAUCUGAUGCGGGUUACACACAGGUUUCAAGAAAAAUAUAAACACAUGAGAGAAGAUCUUGUCCGCAUGCAUUUUGAGAAACUUGAAAAUUUUCAAAAGGCCAAGGAAGAACAAAGAUGUAUUAAUAUCGAAAAGCAACGCUUGAGCAGAAGACGACAAAAUGAAAUAAUGGCCAAAAUCCAAGCAGCUAUCAUACAGAUUCCUAAACCUGCAUCAAACCGUACUCUGAAAGCACUUGAAGUCCAAAAAAUGAUGAAAAAGAAAAAAGAGGCAGACGAUGUGACCAAUGAGAUUAAGAAGUUUGAAGCAUUAAUAAAAAAGGAUCUCCAGGCAAAAGAGAGUGCAUCCAAGACUUCUUUAGCUGCAGCAGGCCAGACGACUACUGAUUUAUUAAACACUUACUCUGAUGAUGACUACAUAAAAAAAAUCCAAAAACGCCUCGAAGAAGAUGCUUUUGCACGAGAACAAAGGGAGAAAAGACGGCGGAGACUGUUAAUGGACCAGUUAAUAGCCCACGAAGCACAAGAGGAGGCUUAUCGGGAGCAGCAGCUGAUUAACCGGCUGAUGCGGCAGUCCCAGCAGGAGCGCAGGAUCGCUGUGCAGCUCAUGCACGUUCGGCAUGAAAAGGAAGUUUUGUGGCAAAACAGAAUUUUCAGAGAAAAACAAUAUGAGGAAAGACGACUAAAGGAUUUCCAGGAUGCUCUUAAUCGAGAAGCGGCUUUGGCAAAACAAGCCAAGAUCGAUUCUGAAGAACAAGCCCUCCGAGAGAAGGAAGCUCAUGAACAAAUUGCUGUGGAAAGAGCUCAAGCUCGUUACAAAAAGCAUUAUUUAAUGUGUGCUGAUAUUUUUGAUCAAAUACUUGAUUUGUCCACUAAAGUGGCAGACUAUCGAAUGUUGACAAAUAAUCUGAUUCCAUAUAAGAUGAUGCAUGAUUGGAAGGAACUGUUUUUUAAUGGAAAGCCCAUAUAUGAGCAAGCCCAUAUUAAGGAUCUAUCAGCUAAACCCUCUGAACAGCAACGUAUAGAACUGGAAAAAAAGGAUUUGUUAGAUAACAAUGAUUAUGAAGAAUAUAAGAACAUGGUUGGAGAGUGGGCCAUACCAGAAGAAAUGGUUGAUAAUGUACCACCCUCCAACAAUUGCAUAUUGGGCCAUGUGAUUCACAGACUAAUUGAAAAAUCUCUUCCCCCUCAAGCUGAAUCAACAGAGCCUGAAUUACCUUCAUUUGCUAUUAAAGGGUGCUUAUUGGGGAAAACAUUGAGUGGAAAAACUAUUGCUCUAAAGUUUCUACAAAAAGAUUUUCCCAUCCAGAUCCUUUCUAUUGACACUCUUGUCCAAGAAGCUAUCCAAGCAUUUCAUGACAAUGAAAAAGUCAGUGAGACCCUCCCAAUUCAGAAUGAAGCUGAAGAAGAGGCUCUACCAGUUCUGCAAAAGAAUAGUAAAGAAAGCCCGAAUCUGCAAAAUGAAUUUCCAGCUGAUUCAGUCUCAGAUGAAGCAUUACCAGAAACCGAAGGAAAAACUACAUUUAAUACUGACACUAACAAAAUGCCGAAAGCUGAAGAAGACAAAUCAAGUGAUAGUUUCUCUAAACUCACUGUGCGUGCUCAGCUUGGUGCAAAAUCAGAAAAGUUGCUGAAGAAAGGAAAGAGCAUUUCUGACAUGUUGCUAGUUGACAUCCUGGUGAACGCUAUUAACGAGAUACCUGUAGACCAAAGCUGGGUCCUCGAUGGUUUUCCAAUGACAUUAAACCAAGCAAAGCUUCUGGAGGAAGCUCUCACAGGCUAUGACAGAAGCCUCAUAGAACUGGAGGGAAAGAAAGAGCAAAUAUCCACAUUGGCUGGUGAUCCUACAGCUGCCAAAGAAGUGCGUCUUCCUCCUGCUGCAUUUGACUUUGUCAUGUUAUUAGAUAUUUCAGAUAAUUCCUUACUGAAUCGCAUGCAUGACACCAUGGCUGAAACAUUUUCAACUGAGAUCCGUCAUAAAGAUAUCAAUCAACGUGUAGCUGCUAAAAACCAACAUACGGAUGAGGACCAGAAUUUAAGAGACCAAAUACAGCAUAGACUGACAGGUUUCUUGGACAACUGGCCUUUAUUGGAACAAUGGUUUACAGAACCACAAGAUAUUUUGAUAAAAAUCAAUGCUGAAGUAGAUAAAGAGUCUUUAUGCCAAAAAGUAAAAGAAAUGUUUAUGACUGAAAUGAUAAAAAAAGAGGACAAAGUUAAAAAGAAAUUAGAAGAAAAGGAAGCGGAGGAAAAAGAAGAAGUUUCCCUGGCUGAACCUCUAUCGACCUCACCUCGCCCUCCUCCUCCUGAACCAGAAAAGGAGAAGGAAAUCCAUCCUCAACGGCGGCAUUCAAAAACUCCUACUGCAAAAGGAAAACCACCAUCAGAACCCCCACAUGGUAAGCCAGAAUCUCUUCAGGAAGGAAAAGGGAAGAAAAGUGAAACUUCACUCAAAAGAAAAGGUUCUCCUAAAGGAAAACCACAAGGAGGGAAAGUAGCAGUAAAGAAAUUACCUGCUGAAUCUACAGAUUUGUCACCUCCUCCAACGGUGCCACCACCACCUAAGCCAGGAUCAGAAGAAUGGGUCUAUGUGGAUGAACCAAUUCCUGAGGAAAUGCCUUCAUUUUUAGUACCUUACUGGGAACUAAUAGAAACUUCCUAUAUAAACUCUGUCAAAACAGUACUCAGGCAUUUGAGAGAAGACCCGCAUGCUGUGCUUGCUUACUUCUAUGAGAUUAAAGCAAGUUUUCAGCAGUUUCUAAGGCGUCCAGAUCACAAGCAAGAUUUUGUGUCUCAGUGGCAGGCUGAUUUCAACUCUUUUCCUGAAGACCUGUGGGAUGAUGAGGAAACAAAAGCUGAGCUACACCAAAGAGUGAAUGACUUACGAGACUGCCUGUGGGACAUUUGUGAUGCCCGGAAGGAAGAGGCAGAGCAAGAGCGUCUGGAUAUCAUUAAUGAGGCCUGGUUGCAGGUCUCCACAGGAAUAGCAAUGAACCAUUUCUUCUCACUGAUGCAGGCAGAACUGAAUCGUUUCCAAGAUACAAAGAGAUUCCUUCAAGACUAUUACAAGGGAAUGGAAUGCAAAAUCCCAGCAGUGGACAGUAAGAGAUUUACUCGUGUCCCAUUGGUCCAAAUGGAUAGUAAAGAGAUUUUGGAAAGCCAGCUUAGAAUUCCUCUAGUGUCUCGAUCAUCUGUUUCUCCGGAUGUAACUACAUCCAAACCCAAACCGAAAACCUUACUGAAGGGCAAAAUCGAUCACUCGCUAGAAAAAAUAGAGUUAAAUUUUGAGGCGGAUGAGAAGCUGAUAAUGGACAUCUGGCAACAAGCUUCCUUCGCAAUAUCUCAGAUGGUGGCUGCUGAAAUUCAUCAGAGGCUCCUAGACGAAGAAAAAGAAAACCAGCUAUCAGAAACAAAAGAAAAAUCUCCUCAGAUGAGUGCAAAUAAAAAAGCCAAAAAGGAACAACCCAAGAAAAAAAAGGAGGACAAAAAAGAAAAAGGUAAAUCACCACCUAUAGCAGAAGCCAGUCCUGUAACAGUGACACCAGAGGAGACUGACAACAUGGAAAAGAAAAAUGAACUGAGACUCAAAAUAAAGGAAGAGCAUCUUGCUGCCCUGCAAUUUGAAGAGAGAGCCACACAGUUUCGACUUGAACUGAUAAAGACAAAAGCAUUGGCUUUCCUUGAAGAUUUAGUGACAAAGAUGGUUGAUGUAUAUAAACUCAUGGAAAUGUGGCUUGGUGAGAGAUACUUGAAUGAAAUGGCCAGUAUAGAAAAAUUAACUGAGGUAGCUCGCUAUCACAUCGAAACAUCUACAAAAAUUCAGGAUGAACUCUAUUUAGGCCAAGAAGACUUCUUCAUUAAUGGUGAUAUAAAGGUCUUCCCAGAUCCUCCCCUUCCGCUACGUCCUCCACCCGUAGAAAAGGAAGAAAAUGGCACUUUGACCAUCGAUCAGCUUGACAAUCUUCGAGAUCAGUUCUUAGAUACAGCGCCCAAAGACAGGAAUCCUCCAGACGAUGUGAGUCGAGUCACCGAAAGGCAAAAAAAGCCAUGGAAGUUUGACCAUUACCUUCCCAAGAGGAACAAUCAAUUUUUGAAAAUUUGGCUGAAAAAAUACCCUUGGCUUGUGUAUGAUGAGAUACUAAACCUUAUGUUCUGCGGCCUAUGUCGGAAGCAUGGAGUGAAGUCCAGGGGAAAUCAAAUGAGCUUCUAUUAUGGCACCGACAAUUUCAGCACUGAAUUUCUCAGUGCACAUCAUCUCAGCGAGGCUCAUGCCCAGGCUUCAUUAAAGGAAGCCACGAGUGCUUCUCCCGUGCACAGAGCCACCACAGAACUGAUGGUGAGGGCCAUGAGCAAAGUGACCCUCGGGAGAGUCGAGAACUUAUUCAGAUCAUGCCAUGCGAUCGCCAAGACCGGACGUCCCCUCAAAGAUUUUAUCUGGAUAUGCAAGUUGGAUGAUAUGAAGGGUGUUGAUAUCGGCCCGGUAUUCAGAACUAACAAAUCGGCAAGAACAUUUAUGUAUUUUAUUGCGGAAGUAGAACGGAGACAUCUAAGAGAGAAACUAGAAGAAAGUAAAUUUUUCUCUGUCAUCAGUGAUGGAGUCACAGACAGUCCAGUGGAAGGAGCUGAACUUGUCUAUGUGCAGUUUGCACAGGCAGGAAAAGUGCAUUGCCAAAUUGUUGGGGUACAGACAGCAGUAAAAAAGGAUCCCCUGGCAAUAAAAAAUGCCAUUGAGAAAACUCUAGAGAGAAGUCUUCAACUUAGGCUGCCGAACAAAGACUGGGCAAAGAAACUGGUUGGUUUUGGAAGCGAUGGUGCCCCCGGCUCAGAGGGAGAAAGCAACGGGGUGGCCCUGCUUUUAAGAGAAAUUCAGCCACGUGUGCUAACUGUAUAUUGCUUUGCACAUCAUCUUGAACUAUCUUACAAGGCACUGUUCCAGAGCAUUCCCCUGUACAAGGAUGUCAGAGACCUUCUUCAUAGGGUUUAUCACUUCUACCACAGUUCUCCGCAUCAUAAGAGUUCUCUGGUAACUGCUUUCAAAGGCCUUCACCUUCGUCCCGUGAUGCCGUCUCAAGUAGGAGGCAGGAAGUGGCUUCAGGGAUUACAGGCAGCCCUCCAGAACUUUCUCAAGGGAUAUCCUGCGAUUGUCCAGCAGCUGCAUUCAACAGAUGAAGAUGGAAGUAACACUAGUCACCCGAACGCCAAAGAACUUCUAGAGUUCCUUCUCCAAGCAGACAUGGUCAAAUUUGUCCAUUUCUUGGUGGAUGUCAUCAAUGCGCUUAGCAUUCUGUCCCGUGUCGGUAAGAACAGAAAUUCUUCCAUCGCGGAUGUAUUUGCCACCGUAGUGUCAACACUAGAAAUGCUCAGCAUAUAUCAAACGAGACCAGGGCCCAAAGAACGUAGGGUGAAUUCAGUGACACACUUUCAUGGUUACUGCCUAAAAGGAAAAGGAAACAUUUCUGAUGUGAGAAACACGGUUUUAACACAUCUUAUCAAGAGGCUGCGAGGCUGUUUCAGAGAUGCCAGCCAAGAUGUAGUGAAGGCAACCAUGAUUGGAAGCUUUAAAUUGUGGCCCACAAAGAUAAAUCAAGAAUUUGGAGAAAAAGAGGUAUCCAUCUUGACUGUACAUUAUGAACCGGUAUUAGAAGCUGCCAGUGUGCACAUCGAUGAACUGGACACUGAAUGGAGCAUGUUGAAAUCAGAGAUUUAUGCUAGGUUUCAGAACAUCCGCACAUUGACCUGGGACUUUGUGAAUUCUGUUUACUUACAUAAGUAUCCAAAUAUCCUGACACUCGUGGACCUAUUGCUGACCCUCCCCGCAAGUUCAGCUGAGACAGGACGUGGCUUCAGUCAUAUGCAACGCACCAAGUCACAAAUGCAUGCCAAGAUCAAGGCUGAUGGCAUGACAGAUCUCCUGAUAAUUCAGCUGAAUUCUCCAGACAUUAAUAACUUUGACCCCAGGAAAGCUAUCCAUUUAUGGAAUAGGAGAACACCAUCUUCAGCCGCUGACACCAGACCCAAUUCGGAUUGCUCAUCAAACUCAGAAAGCCAUUAUGAAAGUGAUUAGUAAUAUGAUAAAUACUGACUUCACCGCUGAUCAUAGACAAAAAAUUAUUUCCAAAAACCUGAAAAUUGAAAGUAAAACUGUUGCAGGUCUUCUUAUCCAACACAAAAGGCGUUUGGCACCUUCCAGAUAUACAAAGCAAAAAUCCCAAGAUUGGUUUCCCAAUAACUUUCUAGUUCAGCUUCUAUAUUCACACAUUCUUUCACAUUCUUUGGGCAGAGGUGUAUACUUCUAAGCAAUGGUGUUAUUUUGAUUUCAUCUUUCUGAGUGUUAUUGCUAAGGGUUACCGGACUAUGAUUAUGGUCUGAAUUCCUUUAGGCCUGGCACCCAAUUAAACUGUUUUUCCUGCAUAAUUCUAAAUGAUAGUUACAUCAGGUAAUUAACUUAGCGUCAAAUUGAAAGGGAGUUUCUUUUUGAUCCAUGAACAAAAUUUGUAAGUUUAUCUGUUUCUGUUACCGCAUAAUAUGUGAAGAUUGUUAUCACUACAUGCCUGGGUUACUUAAGUAACAAGGUCAAAAAUUAAAAUAGUCUACAAAUUUUGCACUAAGGUCCCAGGUAAACAAUUCCUAUGUAAACUAAAAGUAUUGUAUUACGGUACUUUGCUUUCAUCAUGGCUAUUAGUGACAGUAGAAAUAUUUUACAUGUCUACCAGAAUUUGUAAAUACUUUGAGCUUCCUCAUGGUUUCAAUAGAGUUUAUUUAUGUUUUCGUCGUGAGGAACAUGAAUGAUUUAUUUCUAAUAUAUCUGAAAACCAAUGUAGUAUCAUAUAAAGAUGAUUUUAUUGAAAAUUCUACUACCCUGGAAAGUGUUCUCAUCUCUGUAAAAUUGGAUACUCAGGUUUGAUCAAAAAGGAUAGAGAGUUUCUUUCUGAACAACCUGCUGGAUGGCUAAUCAUAUCAAAGAAAUACAUGUUCUGCUCUUUCUACCCAGAAAAUUACCUUCCAAAUCUCAAAAUUGUAUAUUUGGCUUGAACCACUGAAGUUUUAAAAGGAAUGUUCCUAAAGGUUAAAGGAAAUGAUGAUGUUUAUGUUGGACUUUUAGCAAUGCUAAAAGUUUAGAUGUACAAAGAAAAAUUUGAGAUGCUACUCUUUUUAUUUUUAUUUCUAAACAAAGAAGAACAGUCAAAUACUCUGAACCUGAAAGA